AUGGCCAAAGAGCGCGCCCACUUUUUCUCAGUGGCAGAACAAGAACUCUUGAUGGAGGGCUAUGGCGAGUUCCAAAAUUUAAUAAAAACGCCAGGGAACACCUCAAAGGCUGCAAAAGCCAGGAGAGAGGGCUGGCAAAAAAUAGCAGACAAAUUAAAUACAGCCACCACAGGACCCACUAGAACUUGGGAACAAGUAAAGGUGGGAUACAAGAAUAUUCUACAAAAUGCAACUAGGAAAAAGGCAGAGCAAAAACAAACAGGUGGUGGUCCUGCACCCCCACGUCACACCCCGGCAGAAGAGCUGACCCUUGGAUUAAAUGCGAACCGACCCAAUGUUCAGGGCAUCCCUGGGGGCAGCUCUUCCUUAGACCCACAGCCAGGAAGCAGUAGCAGCAGCACCUUCAUUACUGAUUACGUGUGCACCCGCUCUCUGAUGGACUUUGUCAUGCCAUUUAUUUUCAUUGCACAGGACAGUGAAGAGACCCUCUCGGAUGAGUGUCCUUUGGAGGAAGUACCUCAAUAUGAGUUGCAGGAGUCUGCAGAGAGGGAGUCUGCACAGAGAAUUGAUACAGAGGGUGGACCGUGUUGCAUAUCAGGUGACAUCCGUUCCUUCUAUAAACGUAGCCUGCAGCAUAAGGUUGAAUAUUUGGAAGUAAAAAAACACAAACUGAGGGGACAAAUAGAGCUCCAACAGCUAAUGGAGAAGAAAAUUGCACUAGAAAUAGAGUUGUUGCAAAAGGAACUUCAGA